CGCCGCCGCUCCUGCUGCUACCGCUGCUGCUCCGUGGCCCAGCCCAGUCCCAAUGUGUGAGCUUCGAACCUUCUUGCACCUCCCACGCAUUCAAGUCGGACUAAUCCACUGCAACCUCGCAUCACCACCACCUCAACAACUGCAACAACUGCAACAACAGCCCGCAACAACGCACCUCGUGCUGUCCUUUCCGUCGACGACCUCCUUCCCGCUGCAGCGCGCCCGGGUUCCUGCCCUCCUCCUGUCCUGAGCUGUGCCCUAGUUGUGCCACGCAGACGCCGCGACGAGCCGAAGCGCGCUCACCUCCACGGCAUAUCCCCCUUCUCUCUGUCAUCGCCACCGGCAGACCCAGCAUCUUCCGUUUCUCCGUUUCGACGCACACACACACAUACCACCGCCAUGCCCGGCAAGACGCCACAAGGCAACGGGAAAAAGCCCGUCGAGAACGGCCUCCGGAAGAACAAGGACGUGGAGAUGACGGAUGCCUCAAAGUCCAAGGGCAAGAAGGGUGCCAAGGACGCCGACGAGGAGAUGACGGUUGUUGUGCCUCCUUCCAAGGCCUCGAAAUCCUCCAAGGCCCCCGCCGACGCCGAGGGCGAUGUGUCCAUGGAUGAGGACAAGACCGAUGACGGCGAGGCCAAGGUUGACCCCGUCGUGCAAACUGUCGCAGAUAUCAAGAGCAACUUUGCCCUGUUAGACCGCGCCGUUGCCCUUUUCGAUGCCAGAUUCUCCCUCCGCGCCCUGCGGUCAAUCUCCAUCAUCCGCAAGCGCCUGACACCCGAUAUCAUCGCCCAGGUCAUUGCCGAUACCUUCCCCGCCACUGUCGCCUCAGGUAACAUUGCCAAGCAACUCCUCCUCGCCAUCGGCCGCGAGAACGUCCCCCUGGGCCGCCAGGGAGGAUCUGAGAUGGAGGUCGAUACCGACCCCUCCAAGGCCGCUCCCAAGAACGGCUCCAAGAAAGAGAACAAGGAGAUCAUCCCCGAGACUGACGUCUUCCUGGGAAUCCUCGUCCAGGUUCACCUCUUCGACUCGAAGCAGUUCCAGCGCGGCGCCGAGUUCUCGCAGUACCUGUCCGACCGAAUCCAGACCUUGAACCGCCGCACGCUCGACUCUCUGUCCGCCAAGGUCUACUUCUAUUACUCCAUCUUCUGCGAGCACAUUGCUCCUCUGGCUCCUUCUCCUCAAUCUCCCGUCGUUGCCAUCCGACCUACCCUCCUCGCCGCCCUUCGAACUGCUGUGCUUCGAAAGGACGUUGAUACUCAAGCCUCUGUCAUUGUCCUACUGCUGCGAAAUUACCUCUUGACCUCGCACAUCAACCAGGCUGACCUGCUCGUUUCGCAUACUCAAUUCCCCGAGAAUGCCGUCAACAACCAGGUCGCGCGGUUCCUCUACUACCUCGGUCGCAUCCGUGCUAUCCAGCUGCGGUACACCGAGGCUCACGAGCACCUCACGGCAGCAACUCGCAAGGCACCUUCCAGCAACUGCGCCCUGGGAUUUUCUCAGACGGCAACUAAGCUGCUGUUGGUGGUUGAGCUUCUGAUGGGUGAUAUUCCCGACCGGGCUACCUUCCGACAGCCAACUAUGGAGAUUGCCCUCCAUCCCUACUUCCUGCUGGUGCAGGCUGUUCGCGUCGGAAACCUGGAGGACUUUGAGACGACGAUCGUCGACCACGCCGACACUUUCCGACGCGACGGUACCUACAGCUUGAUCUUGCGCCUGCGACAAAACGUCAUCAAGACCGGUAUCCGAAUGAUGUCGCUGUCCUACUCGCGAAUCUCGCUCCGAGAUAUUUGCAUUCGUCUCCAGCUUGGUAGCGAAGAAUCUGCAGAGUACAUUGUUGCCAAGGCAAUCCGUGAUGGUGUAAUUGAGGCGACCCUCGACCGAGAGCGAGGCUUCAUGAAGAGCAAGGAGGUUGGCGACGUCUACGCUACUCGCGAGCCGGGCGAGGCGUUCCACGACCGAAUCCAGGCAUGCUUAGCUCUGCACGACGAGAGUGUGAAGGCUAUGCGAUUCCCGAUGAACCAGCACCGCCUUGAGCUCAAGAAUGCCCAGGAAGCCCGAGAGCGCGAGCGCGAGAUGGCCAAGGAGAUACAGGAGGGUGAUCUGGACGAUGAUGAUCUUGGUGGAGACUUUGACGGCAUGUAAAUUAUUUAUUGUGUCACUACAACUUUGGGAAGCUUCUUCAGUGCUCGCUCUGAAUCUUUCCACGUGCUUUCGGUACCGGGGGGUUUGGGAAGGGUUUCUCUUGGCUGUAGGUUCUACUAAUCAUCGGCUGGCACCCAGAGAACAGAGGGCCAGAGGGCUGUCUUCCGUCUUCCGGGGUAUUGCGAUAGAGAGAGGGACGGAUUGGGGGGUUGCCAUGGCAUAAUCGGGGUCCCCCAACGUGUACUAGAUACUGGCAAGGGAGAUUGGGGACAGGAGGGAGAGAAGUGAGAACAUAAAUUUCGCUUUGAGUUAUUA